AUGGUGGGUUUGGGGAAGAGGCCAGGAGAGACAGCGCUUGACCUUGCAAUUCGAACUCAGAAUCGCUUCAUCGUUUAUAUGUUAAUGGAGGAAGGAAGAAUGAGAAGCAGAAGGAAUGACAGGUUACUGAGAAUGAUGGAGAAAUACGAGCUGUUCCUGCUGCUGGCAUCUUGCUUGACGAUGUGGGCCAUAGGAUACGUAAUGAACUUGAGUUCUGAUUCUUGGCUUUUGAAAGGAUGCCUGCUUCUCUUUCUGCUGGUUGGGAUGGCCCAGUUUGUGAGACCUCCUAGUGCCCGGAGGACUGAUCCUGGAUAUAUUAAGUCUUCAGAAAAAGACAAAAAAGAGAACAUUGCAGCUCUAGCAGAAGCAGGGUGCUUGGACUUCAGAACAUUCUGCACGUCAUGUCUUGUAAGGAAGCCUUUGAGAUCUGUGCACUGCGUUCCUUGUGAUUCAUGUGUAGCCAGAUAUGAUCAGCAUUCUCUGUGGAUUGCACAGUGCACAGGUGUUGGGAACCAUCAUUACUACCUGUUGUUCCUGCCUUCCUUAACUGUGACCAGUGUCUGGCUGCUUUAUCUUCUGUAUUGGUCAAACCACUGCAUAACAAGUUACCAUGCAGAUGGUACAUGGACGUACUUCACGCAGAUAACUUCUUGUUCUCCAUGGCUGUUCUACAUCUUCAUGCUAGCCUGCUUCCAUACUGUGUGGGCUUCAUUGUGGCUAACUAUUCAGCUCUACCAGACUGCAUUCUUGGGACUGACCUCACAUGAGAGAAUGAACCUCCUGAUGGAGAGCAAAUCUUCUAAGCAUCCUGUUUCACUCAGGAGAAAUCCAUACAAUCUUGGAUGCUUCCAGAAUCUUGCAGACUUCUUUCAAUGCAGAUGUUUUGGUAUGGUCAAACCCAGUGGAGUUGGCUGGACCCAGCAAUACAACGUUCACGUGAUAAAGAAGAAAAACGUUUGCUGUGUAUGAAUUCUUACUUGAUUUCUAAAGCUGCUGAGCUGUGUGAGAAAUAAAACUGGAUGUUUUGUUAAUCUUUA